UUGGGGAGGAGGUGUGGGAGAGGAAGAUGUCGGUUUAGACCGCCCAAGUUUGAGUCUGUUCAGCAGGCAGGUAAUUAAAUGUGAUUGGAAUUCAGGCCCCCGUCUAGCCCAGAGAUAUAAAGAUUUGAGGUCUUAGCAUGAAAACAGGUAAGAUCAAAGAAAGGAUGUGAGGAGAUGAGGGGAUCAAUAGAGAAAGAACCUGGGGAACUGCAGUAUUUGAGAAUGGACAGAGGAAAAAGGGAAAAAUAUUAACUUUGAAGCUACUUAUUUUACCUAUACAAUCAUCUCAUCAAGGAACACUGGAUAAUUUGCUGUGAAAAUGAGUGCCUGCGUUUCUAGGCCAUAUAUUCUGGAAUGCAUUCAGAACGGCAGUUUCAAAUUCCUUUCCCUGUCUAGUGUUGCCUUUCACUUCUGAUGCAGGCUUUGAUUGGUCGAAGAAAAAAGGACUAAGUGCAGAGGAAAAGAGAACCCGCAUGAUGGAAAUAUUUUUUGAGACGAAAGAUGUAUUUCAACUAAAAGAUAUGGAGAAGAUUGCUCCCAAAGAAAAAGGCAUUACUGCUAUGUCAGUAAAAGAAGUCCUUCAAAGCUUGGUUGAUGAUGGUAUGGUUGACUGUGAGAGAAUUGGAACAUCUAAUUAUUAUUGGGCUUUUCCAAGUAAAGCUCUUCACGCCAGGAAACGUAAGUUGGAGGUUCUGGAUUCUCAGUUAUCUGAGGGAAACCAAAAGUAUGCACACCUACAGAAAAGCAUCCAGAAAGCUAAAAUCGGCAGACAUGAAACAGAAGAGCGAACUAUGCUAGCAAAAGAGCUUUCUUCACUUCGAGACCAAAGGGAACAGCUAAAGGCCGAAGUAGAAAAAUACAGAGAAUGUGACCCACAAGUUGUGGAAGAAAUACGUCAAGCAAAUCAAGUGGCCAAAGAAGCUGCUAACAGAUGGACUGAUAACAUAUUUGCCAUAAAAUCUUGGGCCAAAAGAAAAUUUGGGUUUGAAGAAAAUAAAAUUGAUAAAAAUUUUGGGAUUCCAGAAGACUUUGACUACAUAGACUAAAACGUUUGAUGCUGUUGAUGGUGAAGGAGCUAUGUGCUUGUGAAUAUGUAAAUUUUUAUGUUAUCCAGCUAAAUGUACUGAAUUGUCAUUUACCUGUAACUCUUUAUUGUUUUAUUAUUAAAUAAAGUAUGGAGUGUA